AGAGAACCACAUGGAAAAGUCCGAAACGUCAUGAAAGAUCGCGAUGGGGAAGCUGGAAGGUGGGGUGGGGAAGAAUGCAAUGUAAAGAAGAGGCGGCCUGGAGAACAACCUACUGGAUGAAGACAGUUUGAUUAACAGUUUUAAUUUGUCUCGCGAGCGCAACAAGUGCGUCGCCGUUGUGUCGUCUUGUGUGUGUGUGUGUGUCUUGUGCUGCCGGGCAUCAUCCAACCAGCAUGAAUCCGUCGGAAUGGUUUAGUGAGAUUUCCAACGAACUUUGGCCGGGCCAGUGCUUCUCGGUGAAGGUGAAGCAGGUGCUGCACGAGGAACGGUCCAAGUUCCAGGACAUUAAGGUCAUCCAAAGUGAGUCGCACGGUGUGGUGCUGGUGCUGGACGGCAUCAUCCAGUGUACGGAGCGGGAUGAGUUCGCUUAUCAGGAAAUGAUUUCCUUCCUGCCGCUCUGCUGCCACCCGAACCCGCAGCGGGUGCUGAUCGUUGGCGGUGGGGAUGGUGGUGUGGCGCGCGAAGUCGUCAAGCAUCCGGCCGUACAGGAGGUGCACCAGGUCGAGAUCGAUGACCGGGUGGUGGAACUGUCCAAGCAGUAUCUGCCGUUUAUGGCGUGCGGGUUCGAUUCGCCCAAGCUGCGGCUUACGAUUGGCGAUGGGUUCGAGUACAUGAAGCAGCACGAGGGAGCGUUCGAUGUGAUCAUUACGGACAGCAGCGAUCCGAUCGGACCGGCCGAAUCACUGUUCCGCGAGUCGUACUUCGAGCUGGUCAAGCGGGCCCUCCGACCGAACGGCAUCAUCUGUUCGCAGGGUGGCAGCUUCUGGCUCGAUGCAGGGCAUGUGCGCGAAACGCUCGACUACUGUCGGAAACAUUUCCCGCGGGUGACGUACGGGUUGGCGUCCGUUCCGUCGUAUCCUACCGGGCAGAUAGGGUUCUUCAUCGCUAGCCUUAAUCCGGAAACCGAUUUCAGGGAACCGACCCGCACGUUCGACGACACCGAGAUCGAUCAGAUGGGACUGCGGUACUACACAACCGACGUGCAUCGGGCUGCCUUCACGCUGCCAAGGUUUGCGGCCAAAGCACUUAAUCCGUAGCAGGCCGCUGCUCUCCGACCGACCGCCGCCCCACCCCGCCAAACAGGGGUAAAUGUUUUAACAAGUACAAUUAAUGGAUCUUUUGUGUUGUUUUUAUAAUUUGGAUGUGAUCACAGAUCGAUAUAUAUACACACACAGAAAGAACUUUUGCAUGAUCAUAAUCUUUUUGUUUUCGUGUUUCAAAUAAAUGUUAUACCGUGUCACAGCUUUUUAUACAAAAUUA